UAUGGGCGAAUGAUGCAGGCGCACACAGGACACUGUUUUUCCAGCGAGUACUAUGCCUCCUUCAUCCACUCAGAGACACAAUCCUGCCCUUGCAGUGCCCAAUACCAGUCACACUCACACAUAAUUGAACACUGCCCCAUCCAUGAGCAUGCUCAACACCACUUACACAAGCCUGGGAAGGACAUCACCCUCACGGAUGUCCUCAGUACAAAGGCAGGACUUGAAGGAUUCACAAAAUUCCUUCAGAAAAUAAAAACCUUCAGGAAG